UUAACGUUAUAGCAGCUGUUUUAAUGCACGUAGCUAAAUAAUAACGCAGGUGCACGCAGUAAACCCCGGUAAAGAUGCAAGCGAAGUGCGGAAUGAAGUUUUCCGCAAUGAGGAGAAGAACGAUGGAUGUGAAAGUGAAGGACGAAGAGGAGGGUGAAUAUCCGGUAUCGGAGCUGAAUGUCAUACCAGUAACGCUGGUGGAAAUAGCAGACCCAGUCCCUGAGGCUCAGCCGGCAGUCCCAGUAAAGACAGAGAGCGCGGAAUUGCCCGUCAGCACGGCAGAAACCGAAGUAACGCUGCAGGCCGCCGAGAGCAAGACUCCCAAGAGGAGAAGGAAAAGGAAGCCGCUGGCUGCCAGCAAGACCGUGUACAGGUGUGACCUCUGCGAGAAGAACAUCAAGCAUCUGACCAGCUUCCAGGAUCACCUGAGGAUCCACACGGGCGAGCGGCCGUUCACCUGCUCUCAGUGCGGGAAGACCUUCGUGCGGAGCUCGGACCUGAUCAAGCACCGGCUGGUCCACUCGGAGCAGAGACCCCACCCCUGCCCCUCCUGCGGCAAGCGCUUCAAACUGCGGGGGGACCUGACCAAACACCAGGCCGUCCACUCCGAGGUCAAGCCCUUCGCCUGCCCCUCCUGCGGCAAGACUUUCAAGCGCGCUGCCUGCCUGGUGAAGCACGAGCGCGUCCACGACCCCGAAAGCCCCUUCAGCUGCCCGGAGUGCGGCCGCGGGUUCAAGUGGGAGGCGUCGCUGACCGAACACCGGCGGAUUCACAGCGGGGACCGGCCCUUCGUGUGCGGGGCCGACGGCUGUGCCAGGAGCUUCACCCACUUCUCUACCUACCAGCAGCACAAGCGCGCCCACCUGAACCAGCGACAGUUCAAGUGCGGGACCUGCGAGCGGGGCUUCAACCAACGCUCCAACCUGCUCAAGCACGAGAGAACCCACAGCCAGAAGAGCUAGCGCCAGGGCAGGACUGACUCUCUCUCUGUCUGUCUGUUCGUUUACAGGGUUUAGAUAAUGAGUGCAUCAUUUAAUAGUCUUAUUUCCUUCCCUGUAAUAAGUGGGUUCAUGGAUCGCCUUGUGGGGCGGGGCAGGGAGGACGGGACGGGACACUGGGGUUUCGUGAAUUCUUAUGGGUGUAUUAUUUAAAUCAAUUAUACAGAAUUCCCCUUGCAUCUGAUCAUGUAAAUAACACACCCACAAGAGUUCAUGAAACCCCAGUGUGCUGAGAUCAGGAGCUGACCACAGGUCCAGCCUAGUCACAAGAGGUAUUACUAGACAAAGCGAAUCGUGUUGUUAGAUUUGAAAACACUGUAAAAUGUACCCAAGUUGGAGGUUUUUGGAUGUUGGAUAGGAGGCAAUGCUGUGGAUGGUUGUUGGUGCAAAAAAAUAAACAAAUACUAAAUAAAAAAACCAGCA